GAAGUAGCAUGCAUCCAUUGUGGGUGUAACAGGUGAUCGCAAUCAAGCCAUAACUGCGAUCCUUUCUGCGUUGCUAUAAACUUCGGAGGUAAAAUGGAGAAGGACUCCGCCGGCUCUUCAGAAAAGACCAAGCCGGGUUCGGUUUUUAUGGAUACUAUUAAUGAAGACAACUGUACAGCUGAUUCCCUCUCCUCCAGAGCAGAUAACUGUGCUACGACAGAUGUCGCCCGAGCCAGGUGGACUCUACUGAGACAGGUGUUGCGUCAGAAGCAGGUGGACUGUCCGGAGGUCAAACAGGUGUCCGUUCGCAGAUUUUCCUCGUUUGACCUUUUCAGCAGGAGAAGGCUUGUGGCACAAGACCAUAGUGAUACCUCAGAUGACCAGUGGGUGGAGUACAGAAGUGUCUUCUCUCCUGAGUACAGUGCCUUACUCAGGGAUAACCUGGGUCCUCUUAGAGUUAACGAAGUGCUCAACAGUUUUGACAACACUGGCAAUGUCUGUGUGUGGCCGUCAGAAGAGGUGAUGGCGCAUUACUGUCUGCGGAAACGUCACAUGUUCAAGGGUGCAGUGUGCGAGUUAGGAGGAGGUAUGACUUGUCUUAGUGGACUCAUGGUUGCCAUUUGUGCUGACGUGAAGGAAGUUCUGCUAUCAGAUGGGAAUGAGAAGUCCAUUCAGAAUGUUCGACAGCUGAUCGAGAGAAACAGACAAGCUGGAAAGUUCGGAUCGACACGUGUAUCUUCCAGGGUGGUGAGGUGGGACUGUGAGCUGGAUAUUUCAGCACUGGAGGGUCACUUUGAUAUCGUCAUGUGUGCAGACUGUUUGUUUCUCGACCAGUACAGAGCCAGCCUGGUCGACGCUAUAAGGAGACUGCUGAAGCCCAACGGCAUGGCGUUGGUGUUCGCUCCUCUGCGAGGUGAAACCCUCAGACUGUUUUGUCAGCUGGCCCAGCAGGCCGGACUCUUGGUCUCUCAACACCAGCAGUAUGAUGCUCAGGUCUGGGAUGUUCACUUAAAGAUGCUGAGUGAGGGAAAAGAAGCAUACGAUGAGAACAUCCACUAUCCUCUCCUCCUCACCUUGACCAAAGGACCUCAACCUGUCAGCCACACUCAGUAAACCAAAACCCGUGAGCCCUGAGCUGAACACAGUUCCACUCCACAUUUAUUGCAUAUUUCGGGAGAGACGGUUAGAUUCUAACCUGGUGUGUUUAAACCAUCUACCAUAUGCCAAAAAAAAAACUACUGUCAGUGUAGAAAAUUGUCUCUCGGCCAGUUAACCCUUAACCAGUUGGCCAGUUAUUGUUUUAGUUGACCAAAACAUGUGAGCUCUAGUCGGCCAGUUGCUCAUCCGUUUGGUUAAUCAUCCAUUCUGUAAAGAGAGCUGACCGGCCAGGUAAUCAGCCAGUACUCUGUCACACAUUGAGUGACCUAAUUAACCAAUCAACCAGUCAUCAUUCCAACCAACAAGCCAGUUAGCUGUUUAGGUAGUUAACUAGUUGCUCAGUCAGUCUGUUAAUGGACCUUUCCUCAGUCUGGCCUACUACAGGUGUCACUUAUUCAGUCAGUUGACCCCCUUUAACCAGUUAGUACAGUAUUAACCUCUGCCACUGUGUUUCUGGCCUCAGCAUGGAGGCCGGCUUUAAUUCAUUAACUGUCGCAGACUGUGGAGCAGCUCGCAGUUUCCUCUGUUUCCCACUUUAAUUUCUUUUAAUACAACUCAUUCAUCCCAGUCAGAGGUCACUAAUAAGAGCUUCUUUUGUGCAUUACUUACAACAGUGCAUUAGCAUAUUUUGGCACAUUCAGACUGAGGAGCAAUUGUUGCUGCCCAGGAGCUACAGAUUGUAUAGUACGCCGUGAUAUUACCGUGGGUUCAAGUAGUCCCCACUGCGUCACAUUGUGGUUUCAUUUUAUACAAAUCUGCUGUUGUCAUAGUCUGUGUUUGAACUGUGCAACAGAGACUUGAUCUGAUUCUACAGUUCCAUCAGCUCAAACUCCGGCUUCACUCGUGGUUUGUUGAAAAGUUUAAAAUGCAGCUGAUGACGACUUAAAAGUCAACCGUCUCACUGUCAGCAGUCUGGUCCUGUGGCAGCUGCUAAAUGCUGCUAAACGCUCCGAAAAGUCUGAACCUUCAGGAAGUUUAUGCGUCUAAACAGAGAGACGAUAUGUGCACAAGUUGUAGAGACUCAUACAUUUACUGACAAGUGACCCCAAUACUGUGGAAUCGACAAAAAAACUGAAUAUAUAUUGUAAUGCCUUUUUUUUGUUCAGUAGAUGUUGUAAUUUUAUUUUACCCCCAACGUGGAUUGGGUGCAGACAUUUUUUUUGCAACUCUAGCUAGUGUGCUUUGAUCAAAGUUCAUCUCUGCUGGGUCUGUUUUCACUGAAGCUGCUUGCAUCUUUGAAUGCGAUGUUCAUUUCUGCCUCUACUAGUAUAUUACCGUUUGACUUGAAAUUUUGAUGUUAAAAAGUGCAUUCAUUUGUUGAAUAACUUAGCCUUCACAUGUACACAGCAAAACCAUAUUUUCCUCUCCGAGUCUGAAGCAGGAGACUGAUUGUUACGACUUACUAUUCACAAAAGACAAAUACAAAGAUGGCGGCAAGUAAAAUGAGGAAAGUGUAGCUACCAGGAAUCUAUCAACACAAUGACUAUAAAAAAAUUGCAAACCUGUUUUCAGUGUUCAUGUAAAAAAGAAAAAGUCUCCAAACAAUAUCUGAAAACCAGACUGCUGAAAAACUGCCUGCUUAAACAUUAAGCCACAUUCAGCAGCUGUCCAGACUUGGAAUAUGAUUUAAAAUUGAUAAACUUCAUGUAGUUCUUGAAAGUCCGUCAGUCUCCUAAAGAAAACAUAAAAAUGCAAAAACAUCCUCAAAACUACAUUAUUUUCUAUCAACUAGCUGUUCUACUCAGGUCUUUUCUCAUGAAUUCAUCUGUUCCUGUUUUUUUGGUUUUUUUUUUUUUUUUUUUGGUGUUAGAAAAUCAGCAAGUGUCAGUGAGCCGUUCAAGCCUAUAGCUGUACCUUCCACUUGUAAAGGUGUUUCCAUGUUUCACUGUGAUCCAUUGCUGUAUACAACAGCCAAGAAGCUAUGCAGAAUCUCCCAGUGGCUGCUGUUUACAUUCCUCAUGCUAAAACAGAAUCCAGAAAUAACAGUUUAACUGCUCAAAAAGUGAAAUAAACCUGUACUCUCAGUCGUUUCAGUGCUUUGAGGAGUUAAAUUGCGUUGUGAAAAUGUUCCCAUUGCAAAGGUUUAGUACUUACUGUAUAAAGUUGAUACAUGCAGGCUAAUAUAUAGAAACCCUCCCAACUGUGACUGUGUACAGUGACCUCAUCACCCUCUAGUGUGACAUCGCCAACAGUAAAGUCAUUUUAUAACACUUCAGGAUCAGGCAUCACUGUUUUUUAUGCUCCGUUGCUGCUUCUCGCAACAUCACUGCCUCUUUCGGUGGCAACAUCUUGGCCUGGUGAACCGUCAAUCUGCUGCGAUGUCACACUUUCACACGUUGAUGCCGUCACUCAUCUCAUUGUGAUACCAGUGCUUACUGUACCGCUUCUCACUGUGAUAACAGACAGAACAGAAACCCACGAGAGUCGGCGUCACUCACGUGGUCCUUAUCUGGAUUUGCUGACUAAUAUCAUUAAUGGUGAGAAAUCUAAUGGUUGGCGUGAAACACAGACGAGGAUCUGUGCUGCAGCUUGGGGCUAACACAGGAGGGCUUUGUUAUGAUGGAUUUGUGUCACUGUGUUGUGGGAUGUCUCAGCUUGGUUAUGAUUUAGAUUAUUAAAGAAAAUUCUUAAAAAUGUUCCGGGCCAUGUCCACACUAAAUCAGAUCGGCUUCAUUGAGUCAUAAUGUACAACAAAUUGCUUUAAUUGGGAUAAAACUGAAGCUGCUUCUGUAGCAUUUUCCUGUGAAGGAGCACCAGGUAUUAUAACUGCAGGCCCAGGUGUUCUUUUUAAUGUUUAAAAAAUAUAUAGGUUUUGUGGCACAAGAAACACAAUUAAAUAUUUCAGACUCUUCCACUUCAGUGUGGACAUGGCCUCGUAUAGUGAGUUUCUUAAUUCAGUGUAUCAAAUUCCUGCUGCUUCACUGUAAUGAAAGUGGGUUGAAUGUUGUUGAUCUUCAGUUUGUAGGUGGGUGAUAUUUUCUGUGAAUGAAUAAAAAUAAAUUCUUGAAGAAA